AAAUUUUCGAUUUUUUUUUUAUUUUGUUCAAAUCAAAAACAAUUCUCUCGACGACAAAGAUCGACGACGAAGAUCUGUUCGACAUUCGGCUGCAUUGUUCGUCCACCUCACGAUGGGAGGUUCCCUUUCCCGAGAAGACCAAGACGACGCCGAGAAGAAAGGAUCGGUCGAACCGUGUACAUCAUCAUGCACUCCAGGCUCCACUGUUCUUUGUCCCAAGGCGGGCCUGUACUGGUCGUAUCUGCCCGACUUUUACCAGGCAUGUGGCGGCCGUGACAGAUUGCAAGGAUUAAGCACCCAUCAAGUGUGUGAACAAUUCGUCAAGCCCAUGGUGAAACAAGGAGACCAAUCGUUUUGCGAAUGGCUAGAAUCGCAACAGCAUCCAUCUGUGGCGGCCCAGGCGGCCGUCUUUAUUUGUCAUGAUUGGCAGAGCGAGUUUUUGAAAAUUAUUGAGUCUUUGGAAUGUCAUUUUGGCCCAGCAGCAUCUGACGGCAGCAAUGACGAUACAAGUACACGUCAUAAAAGACCCAUCAUUUGGAUGUCUCUCUUUUCGCUUAAUCCACACAAGCAGUACAGCAGUCUCGACAAUCCACAGUGGUUUCACUCACUUCAAUCCACCAUUACCGAAAUUGGACGAACAGUAGUAGUCAUGGUCCCUCAUCCGAGCAUCACUCCCAAUCAUCCACCCCUCCUCGCCCCUCCCAUUACCCGCGCUUGGUGUUUGCUGGAACUGUAUUUUACAGGUGCCGUAACGCCUUUGGAGUUUGCCAUGACGGAACAUCAAAAGAAACAAUUCUUCCAAACACUGAUAGAACACGAUCCAAAUGACAUGCUCCACCAAAUACAGGCUCUCAUUGACAUGGAGCGCAGUCACGCAUCAGUGGCACAAGACAAACAAGCCAUUCUACGACACAUCAUGCUGCAAAGUAUGGGCAUGGCACCCGCCAAUGCAUUGGUAUUGGAUCAGUAUCGAAACUGGGUCAUUGCCACUUGUCAACAGGCUUUGAACGAAUGCGACAACGAUACCGAACUACUACAACUUUACAAUGUCAUGGGCGAACUAUAUCGGCAUCAAGGAAACUACGUGCGAGCCGAAUGUCAGUUGGAACGAUGCUUCCAAAUAUCGUUUCAAUUCGACAAGAAAAAACGAAAAGAACUCCAACCCGAAAUAUGCAAGGCAAUGCAUAAUCUGGCUCGACUGUAUCACAAGCAAGAACAUCAUGCCGAAGCAAAAACCUUGUUGGAAGACUGCCUCGCACAACGCAAAAAGUUGCUCGGGCCAUCUCAUCCCGAUACGCUGUCGUCCAUCAAUCUACUCGCCAACAUUUUGCUCCGUCUGGGAGGCGACCAUCAACAAACAAACCAUGCAGCCGCCAUGGCGCUAUAUGACGACUGUUGGAACCAACGAAAAACCGUACUGGGGGGAAAUCAUCCUGCCACAUUGGCAAGCAUGCACAAUAGGGCUGCGAUUUGGCUGGAUCGGCAUAAGUAUGACAAGGCAGAACCACUGUUUGAAGCCUGCCUCGAGAAAGAACUACAGCUAUUGGGGCGGUAUCAUCCGCACACAUUGGUGACAAUGGACAACAUGGUAAUCACGUAUGAACGCAAGGCAAAUACCAAUGUGUUGGCGCAGUCGUCAAAAUUAGAUUGAUUGAUUGAUGUGUGUUCGGCUGUGGAGACAAUACAUGUACAACAGAGGGAAUUGCUGGUGAUACAACAACAACAACAACUAGCUAGCGUGCUGUCGAUUCGUGGUAACAUGGAGGGAGGACAGCUUGGGCUACUCUUACUUAGUUAGCAAAUACCGGUAUAGAGCAUGCAUAGAUCGAGCUAACAUUAGAAGAAAAGAUUUCCAUUCC